AAAUGCCAUGCCUUAAAACAAACCAAUUACAUUCCACCUCAAAAGGCCUUUCUAUUGCUGCUCAUGGCUUCCUUCCAAAGUAUUGGUUAUGUCAAACACAUAAACACACUCAGGAACACACCCAUGGUUCCAAGGUGGGGCAGUGCUAGGUUAAUGAGUGAUUCAACUGGGCAGAGGGCAGGUAGUCAAGAAUUACAUCCUGUGGGAAAACAGCUAAAAAACCAUCAAAAAUACUCUACAUUUUCCCUCUCCAAGGACCGGAGGCAUCUACAGGGCAGAUGAGUGCUCAGCCAUAAUCACGAGCAGACCAGCCAGUCACGCCUGAUUGGAAACCUUUCCUCUUGCCACGUCGUUGUCUGUUGCCGUCGUGGGACCUGGGGUCACCAUGGAGACGGUGGUGAUCGUGGCCAUCGGGGUGCUGGCCACCAUCUUCCUGGCGUCCUUCAUCGCCCUGGUGAUGGUGUGCCGACACCGCUACUGCCACCCCCUCAGCCUACUGCAUCACUUUGACUCCAAGUCAGUGUUCCAACGCAUCUGGGGAUGGGAGGGGACGUCAGCACACGGACCCAACGUAGACCUUAUUGGGGCCAUGGAGACCCAGAGCGAGCCCUCAGAGCUCGAGCUGGACGACGUGGUCAUCACCAACCCUCACAUCGAGGCCAUCCUGGAGAAUGAAGACUGGAUCGAGGACGCCUCUGGUUUGGUGUCUCACUGUAUCUCCAUCCUAAAGAUCUGCCACACCCUGACUGAAAAGCUGGUCGCCAUGACAAUGGGCUCAGGAGCAAAGGUCAAGGCGCCGGCCAGCCUCAGUGACAUCAUCACCGUGGCCAAACGCAUCAGUCCUAGGGUUGAUGACGUGGUUCGAUCGAUGUACCCCCCCCUGGAUCCCAUCCUGCUGGAUGCCAGGGCCACUGCUCUGCUCCUGUCGGUCAGCCACCUGGUUUUGGUGACACGCAAUGCCUGCCACAUGUCUGGCAGUAUGGACUGGAUCGACCAAUCACUGCAUGCUGCUGAGGAUCACAUGGUGGUGCUGAGGGAAGCCGCCCUGGCUUCUGAACCAGACAGAAGUCUACCUGGAAUAGACAUGCAGAGAGAGCAGGCCAUUUAGAGUACAAACAUCCAAAACACACACAUAUUUUCAUAUAUUUGCAUAUACACUCACAUUCCCACACAGCAUUAGAAGAACAUGAAUAAACAUACAGUCAAAGGUGAAUUCAUACUCCAUAUGUAUUCAUCUACCAUAACUAAGCAAGAUGUUACACUUGAUACAAGAUAGACGUUGUAUUAGAAGUCGGUGUGCGGUCUCUUCAUGGACUGACAGCCCCCUCAUCCCUGGAGCUCCUGACCCAUCUCUCCACGGUGGGCCUUAAUCCCACUCGUUAGGGCUGCACAGUCACAUGGAGGCUUACAUUCACUCCGUUAAUCCAGGCUUGGGAGAAAAACACCCAAAUGAAGAAGAAGAAGUAGAGUCAGUUCAACCACGGCCCCUGUCUGGUGGCAUUGGGCGUGUCCAAGCUAUCUGAGAUCAAUACUCAAAUGCGUUGUUUAUGUAUUUACCCUACUGUAGUAACACAGGGGAGCUGUGUGUAUAUACCAGCUAACGGUUGUUCGGUUACAAGUACGGAGCGAUCUGAAGCAGAUUUUGCGUGCCUUGCGCUGACUGAUAUUAUUGGAGCCUGUGUACCUGUUAGCCCAUGCAUACCUAAUACUGGAGCUCCUAGGGCUCUGAUUACAGUAUUAACCAGCCCUCACACAUGGUGCCUAGCCAGAGAUGCAAGUCCUGCACAAUACACAGGGUCUUUCCACCUACAUUAUUACAGGCUGCUACAAGGCUUUCUGUUCCACUGCCAACACUGCCAGGAACCCACACUAGUAUGACACCAAUAACAUAUGCACAUGUAAACCAUGGAAGAGCACAAUCAUGUAAAAUGCACAAAUUAGAUUUUAGAGACAAAACUAUAUUACUGUCAAGCCCUCAACUAAGCGUAGUGACAAAUCAGUGGGACUCUUGCGUCUGUCCUCCUGAAGAUACAUUUGUGGAUGUUUUGUUUCUUCAACGUCAAACUGACAUUUACAGUUUGAAUGACUGUCAGUAGCUGUAGACCUGCAGGGCUCUUUGAUAGAAUUAUCUUGAUCGACGAGGAAACAUGAAGACAUUGGUUACUCCUUUAUUCUCCUUGUUUACAUUGUUUGUUAGAAUUGAUUGUUUUUUAUUCAGUCCUGUUUUCACGUCCCAUCCACAGUUUGCUACCGAGGUCCUUCUAUUCCUCCUCUUAUCUCUUUCUUACUUUCAUUCAUUCCCUUCAUUGAUUUGUACAGAUAAAUUAAAGUUUCAUAGGAAAAUUUGCGGGCUGUCUGUUCUUCAACAACAACAAAAACUCUAAAGGCUACUCAUUAAGAAAGCCACGCACACAUUCAUCUUUUAGGAAUACAAAAAAAGAACACAGUUAAUCUGGAUUGGGAUUAUAGUUAACCCUUCUGUUUGAAGGUAUAGGCAGUCCUGUCUCUCUGAAACUGAGAGCAUUUUGCUGAGAACAAAAAAAAUAAGGCCCUAAAACAACAUACUUAAAUAAGACACACAGAUAAAACGAC